AUGUCGGAUCUCGGCGGUGGCAGCGCAGCGCGAGCAUCCAACAAUGGCGGAGCGCGAACAGGCGGGCCAGUGCCCGUGUCAGGCGGCGCGCAGAUACGGACACCACAGAUGAUCAUGAGGGAUCGCGAGGCACGAGAGCAGCGGCGGAUGGAGGAGUCGCGGCAGGCGGAGGAAGAGCAGAAACGCCGUCAAGCUGAAGAGAGGCGAACGAGCGCUGAGCGAAGAGCUGCAGCUAUACCUGGUGCUGUGCCGCGGUUCAGUAACACGUCAAGUCAGUACAGCCCUGACGUGUCUGCGCCGCAGGUUCCACGCUUCGACAGCUCUUCUGGCGAUCAGCGGCGGAGCAGCCGCAUAGCUGGGGACGUUGCUGGCGCGAACAUGCUGGGCGAUCCAACGAGUAGGGCCAGUCAAGAUCUACCCAGCAGACCUGCUGCGCAAGACUAUGCUUCAGGUAGAGCCCGAGGGCCUGCACUGUCGCAGCAGGAUCAACCUAGACCGGCACCUGCAACAACUGGCGCAACACGGCGGACACAACCCCAGCAAGCUACGCGGACACAAGCUACCACUGCUGGCGCACAGCCCAGCUCAUCAGCACACGCAUCUACAGCAGCGACGGCACCGGGUGAAGGCUCCCAGCGAGGGACUGCAUCAUCGUUCCCGCAUGCUUUUGAAAGAUGGGAAACACUGUCAUCACACUGGGAAGGCUUGACGAGUUACUGGCUACACAAGCUGGAACAAAACACGGAAGAUAUCCGAGAGACAGUACCCAACGCCUCGACACUGAACAGGCAGAUCACGGAUCUAUCAGCAGCAGGAGCUAACCUCUUCCACGCGGUAGUCGAAUUACAACGAUUACGCGCCAGCAGUGAGCGUAAGUUCCAACGAUGGUUCUUCGAGACGCGAGCGGACAACGAGCGCAAUCGCGAGAUACAAGCCGGCAUGGAAAGGCAGCUCAAAGUUGAGCGACAAGCACGAGAAGAUGCAGCGCGGAACACAACAGACAACUCCAUCGCUGUGGAGAACGCCAAGCGCGAAGUCAGUGAGAUGCGGCGCGAGCUGAUGAUCUCGAAAGAUGAGGCACGACGAGCAUGGGAAGAACUUGGUCGUAGGAACCAAGAAUCACUUGACACAGCUCAGAGUCUCAAAGAAGGCCGGGUCACGCUUGUCGCUGGAGUGCAAGUGGUGCCGUACUUUGGCGGCCCAGCAAGUCGGACCGGAAGUGCUAGCCAAGGGCCGCAGAGACCUGUGACACGAGAUGGUCCGUCAGGGUAUGCCAGCACUGGUCUGGCGUCACAAGCGGCCGCAGCUGGUAUGCAGAGUCCGGGUGAUGAGCGAGAGUACUAUCGCCACGAUGCUGCAUCGCCCACGAAUACGGACCCGUUCACAGACAGUGGUCGGCAACAACCACCUUCACAAUCACUGGCACAAGGAUCGUACCAUCCUCAGAGCUACCAGCAAGGACAUGGUCAAGAUCGGACCCCGACAUCUGCAGCCACCAUGCAAACAGCCAUACCGGCAUCAUCAAGUCCCUGCCAGCAAGUGACGCCAAGCCAGUACCCUGCAGCAAGCUCACCAGCACAACAACGGAUACCACAGCCGUCGGUAAGUACUUCAGAAGCACAACGCUACUAUCAACAAGGCAGCCAACCUGCGCAUACCGCACCUGGCGCUUCCGUCCCACGAACCACCGCUAUCCUCCCGCGCGAAGAAGUCCGCUUUGUCGGCGAAGGCAGCUACGGCGGCUCCAACCCCGAGAUUGGCACCGAAUAUGCCCUCGACGGUCGCGGCGAAGUCCAAUACGACGAACGCGGCAAUCCCAUCAUCUUCCGGCAACGAGGCCAACCACAACCAGCCCGCUCCUCCGCCUCCGAGGAAGACUUCGAUACCGAGGAAGCAGUUCGUCGCGAACGAGAUCAGGCUGCGCAGUUCCAUGGCGGGCUGAUUCCUGAAGCACCGAGCGUGCCAAGCAAUAGCGCGGCGGCGAUGGCAACGUAUACACCCGCCACUGCAGGCGGAGGUGGAGGUGGGAGCAGCGGUGGUGCCGAGUCUACGCCUGACUAUGAGGGCGAGGGAUAUGAUGAUUAUCAGCAGUACGUCCCCCGCCAUCAUCAUCCUACGAGAUUGAGUGAUGUGCUGGAAGAGGAGGAAGAGAGAAGUAGUAGGAGGACUAUGGAUUAG